AUGGCACCUUUAUUCAAAGAGAAACCAGAUCACGUUUGGAAAACUGUAAACAGUGGAUUUCCCCUUGACUCUAAAUUGGUUGGAAGUGCUCUUCCACUUCCAGGCUCAGAACAGGAAGGGUUCUCACCAAUUUACAGAAACGCUUACUCCCAAAAGGAGUUGAAGACAGUCCCUUACCCAGGAAUCACUACUUUGUACGACACAUUUGAGCUUUGCGUGGCAAACAGAGGACACAAGCCUGCAUUGGGCCAUAGAGUUAAGAAAGAUGACGGAACAUUUGGUGA